UGGAAUUGAGUCAUUGAGCACUUGAUAUGUUCUUAAGCCCUAAACCCCAAUAUCACUCUUUUUUCCUCUCACUCUAUUUCUGAUUCGAGAAAUUCCAAUUCGUGAAGCUUCGUUAGAAAAUUUCCACCUUGUGAAGCCGACGGUGAGUUUUGCUUCUUGCUACUGUGGAAGUCUAAAAGAAUACGAGUUUGUGAUACGCAUUGACAUCUAAGGCAUAUAUACUGAUCGUACAGUGCCAAUGAAUUUUGGGGAGGAAGAUGCAUCUUCGGGCUCUGGAGAUGAGCAUAUGAUAGAUGGACACAAGCGUCAGGCUGGUGUGCCUUCAAGUUCUGGCCGGCGGAAGAGAAGUCGCAAAGCUACUGGGGAUGCUAUAGUGGACGCCAUGCUGGAAAUAGCAGCUGUUUCAAAGAUGAGAGCAAAUGCAAUUAUGAAGAAUGAGGACCGGUUCUCUAUAAGCAAAUGCAUAAAAGUAUUGGAUGAGAUGCAAGAUACGUCAAUCAGCAUGGAUGACAUUGACUUAGAAUUGAAUGAGAUGGAGCUAGUUGCAGCAGCUGCUGGGUACUAUUACUAUAACUGUAUAACCAAACAACCUUGCCAUAGUUUAUCACCUAGAAGAUGUGGAUUUAUGACGGAAAUGCUGAAUGCUCAUGAUGACUUUAGUCGGGAAAUGUUGCGGAUGGACAAGCAUGUUUUUCACAAGUUUUGUGACAUUCUUCGACAAAGAUCCUUGUUGCGUGAUACUUCUGGUGUAAUGAUAGAGGAGCAGUUGACAAUAUUCUUAAAUAUUAUUGGUCAUAAUGAGCGCAAUAGAGUGAUUCAAGAGCGGUUUCAGCACUCUGGUGAAACCAUUAGCCGACAUUUUAACAAUGUGUUGAAGGCUAUUAAGUCCCUGUCACGUGAAUUCCUGCAACCUCCUGACACCACCACAUCUCCUGAAAUUCUCAGUAGCAAUAGAUUUUACCCAUAUUUCAAGGAUUGUAUUGGAGUAAUUGAUGGCAUGCACAUUCCUGCACAUGUCCCAGCCAAAGAUCAAUCUCGAUUUCGUAAUAAGAAAGGUUUACUAUCUCAAAAUGUGCUGGCAGCUUGCACAUUUGACCUACAAUUCAUAUUCAUUUAUCCUGGUUGGGAAGGAUCCGUUACUGAUUCACAUGUGUUAAGGGCAGUUCUUGAUAACCCAGAUCAGAAUUUCCCCAAAAUUCCUGAAGGAAAAUAUUACCUUGUUGAUAUGGAAUACUCUAAUAUGGGAGGGUUUAUUGCUCCUUUUCAAGGGAUUCGGUAUAAUCAUUGCGAGUACAGAGGUGCUAAUCAAUUACCCAGAAAUGCAAAGGAGCUAUUCAAUCACAGGCACUGUUGUCUGAGGAAUGCUAUAGGGAGGUCAUUUAAUGUGUUAAAAACUAGAUUUCCUAUUCUUAAACUUGCUCCCCAGUAUUCUUUUCAUGUUCAGAGGGACAUUAUAAUAGCUGCAUGUGUUCUGCAUAAUUUCAUCCGCCAGCAGGAAAGAAAUGAUUGGUUGUUUAAAACUGUCGGAGACACACCAGUGGAUGAGAUGGCAGAUGAUGAAGUUCCUGCUGUUCAGUCGAUUUCUUCAAUGGAAGAACAACUUGCAUUCUCGUUGAGGGAUUCAAUUGCUACCGCCAUGUGGGACGACUUCUUGAAUAAAUGGAAUGAGUGGUGAGUUUCGGAGCAGCAGAAAUUACAUGACUGGUGACUCAAGACUUUUGGGUUUUUUGCAGAAGGCCAUCUAACUUAAUCAUCUGCAGACGACCUCCUGCAUACCACAUGAUGCUUGGGUCAACAAAUAUUUGUGUGGCAUGAAAGUUUGAUAUAGACCUUUCAUGUUUAUGUCAAACAAUCAAGCCUUGUUUUUGUCAAAAUAGAAAUGUAGUGGGUGUUUAUAUUAAUUUUUUGUUACACCAUGGGAGUGUAGAUUUAAUGCAUGACGCAUCGUAACAGUAAGUUAGCCUCAGGUGGCGCUUAUAUCAAAUUUUUAUCUGAUUA